AUGUGGAAAAGAUGCUGCAAUCAAUGGAAGAUGCGUGUGGUGGAGAUCGAUUGCAGGUGGCUGUCUUACUCUUCUUAUCCACGAUAGUAAAAGGAGGGAGAAGAUUUAAUAGCAUACAUCCAUUUGGUCUGAAGAUAGUGAAUGAUUUGGAAGAGGUAAAAAAGUUUCCUUGGGGGCGGAUUACUUUCGAAGACACUAUGAACCAAAUUGAUCACUUGAUGAAGAAGCGGUUAAAUGGCAAAGUGAAAGUUGACCAUUUGUUUGGAGGGUUCAUAGUUCCUCUUGAGGUUUUGGCGUUUGAAUGCAUUCCUGAGCUGUCCAAACAAUUUCAAGAAGGUGUAAUAGGCGCAAAUGAUGGAUGCCCACGGAUGUGCAAGAAGAAAUUUAAAGACAAUGGAAUGACAUGUUUUCCACUUAAAGAAGUCAACCAAGCGCUUGGAACAACUAAGGACAUCAUUAGUAUUAUGCAACCAUCAGUGGCUGAGGAAACUCUUUUGCUGGACAUUAUGGAGUGAGCUGAAGCUGAGGAUUCAUUGGACCCUAUUUCUGAUGCAUGGACAGAGCAUCUCGAUGUACAACUAAU